AUGAUGUCUCUGGACUCCUUAUGCGUUUUAGUCUCUUCAGUCUUGGGACUGGUCUUGGCAAUCCCUUUUAACACUUGUAUUGUGAUGGGUAAUCUGGAGAUCAUCAGAAAGAAAGGGAAGUUGAGUUCCACCGAUGUGAUCUUUCUGGGGAAGGGAAUUGUGAAUAUUCUCCUCCAGUGUGUGCUGAGCCUACAGGGAAUGUUCUAUGUAUUUUCUCCAGAAAUAUUAAUUAUUAGACAAGUAUAUGUGUCUGUGAACACAUCAGGUUACUUCCUAAUCUACUACAGCUUCUGGUUGACCGUCUGGCUCUCGGCUCAUUACUGUACCAGCAUCACCAAUCUCAGCUAUGGGUUCUUCAUCUGGAUAAAGAGAAUUCUGUCCAAUUUCCUAAACCAACUUCUAUUCCUGACAGCACUUGGGGUGUUUAUUGUGAGUGUCCCAGGCUUCUGGAUUGUGUAUGGAGGAAGUAUCCAGUCUUCUGAGAACGGUACAGAAGCUUCUAUUAACAGUUUCCAUUUUCCAGUUUCCUAUCUUGUGCCUGCAAACACCCUAGGCAUCAUUCUUCCAUUCUUCCUUAGUCUUCUGUGUCUGGUCCUCACUUUCUCCUUUCUGCUCAGAUACGUCUGGAGGGUGAAGAAUAACGACUCGGGAUCAACACGUCCAAAUCUUCAGGCUCAUGUCACGGCACUGAGGACAAUCUUCUUCUUACUUCUCAUGUUCACAUUCUUUUGCAUGUCUCGAGUGCUUAUAUUUUUUGAAAACUCCUCACUAACAAUAGUCAGUUGGAAUUUACAAUUAUUAGCUCCAUCGGUGGAGGCCGCCAUCAUCUUCCAGGCCAGCAACAAGCUGAGAAGGAUCAUUCUGAGAAAAUUCUUGACCAGAAGCCGGAGAAAUGCAGAGACUUAA